AUGUGCGUCGACAAUACGGACAGCUGGCGUCUUGAAACCGAAGCCAAAGGUCGAUACAAGGCAAAUGAAAAAUGUGACCGCAUGGAAGGCAGCGGUAGGAAGACUCGAUACCAAGAGUGUCCCAGCAUAACGCACAGCUAUCUGGAAGAGUACCCGGGUCUGCCCGAUAUUAGAAAAAAUAAGAGAGCCGAUUUUGCAGUUAUUAUCCUUGAGGAUGCCUACCAGUUGUACAGUCCUGGAUACCAAAAUAGCAUGGCAUUUGAGCGUACAAGAGCUCUUUCGCCGUCAAGCCCCCCGGCUCAGUCGGGGAUGGCGCAUGUACGUAAUAGUCGGCCAUAG